AUGAGUACAAUCUCUGAUUUUAACGAGGAAGAAAAAGGAAAGGUUCUUCAGGACCUUACCAGUAAUGCGAAGCAAAUACAAGACGACCUUUUGAAAGAGAUACUCACACUUAACGCAGGAACAGAGUAUCUCAAAGACUUCCUUCAUGGAGGCCUUCAUGGACGGUCUGCUAAAGAGCUUUUCAAGAAAAACGUACCAAUAGUCACAUAUGAAGAUGUUAAACCUUAUAUCGAUCGCGUAGUGAAUGGAGAGCCGUCGAAUAUACUAUCGGUCUUACCCAUUACAAAUUUCUUGCUAACUUCGGGAACUUCGGCAGGAGCAAGUAAAAUGAUACCAUCGAAUAUUAAAUUUUUAGAAGGCUAUGCAUUCAUCGGUGACCUUAUCCUCCACGUUAUAAACAAGCAUGUUAAAGGUGUGGAGAAAGGAAAGGGGAUGCUGUUUUUCUUAACUAGCCACGACUCCAGAACUCCCAUUGGCUUACCCAUGGGGUCCGCAACAAGCUGGUACUUAAAGAGCGACUAUUUCAAGAAUCGACCAUCUAGUUGGUAUUAUUCUUAUACGAGUCCUGAUGAAGUUAUUUUAGGCAGUGACAGCAAGCAAGUUCUGUAUUGCCAUUUGCUAUGUGGUCUUGUCCAAAGAGACGAGGUCAUGAGAAUUGGUUCCAUAUUCGCGUCAAUUAUAGUCCGAGUAAUCAAGCUUCUUGAAGAUUCAUGGAAGGAGUUGUGUUGGAAUAUCCGAUCAGGUCAUCUCAGCGAGUGGAUCACCGAUUCCGGUUGUAGAAACUCCGUUUCUAUCGUUCUUGGAGGUCAGCCCCGUCCUGAAUUAUCGGACGAGAUCGAAAAGAUUUGCAGCGAAGAGUCUUGGGAAGGUUCAAUGGCACAAUAUGUUCCUACAUUGAACUAUUACUGCAAUGACCUGCCUCUCGUUUCAACAGCUUAUGCUUCUUCCGAGUCAGUCUACGGUAUUAAUAUCAAUCCUUUGUCUAAACCUGAAGACGUCUCCUACACGCUCCUGCCCAACCUAUGUUACUUUGAGUUCAUACCAUUGGAGGGAGACGAUAAUGAUGUUGUGGACCUCGUGGAUGUAACUGGAUUCUACAACAAGGCACCUCAGUUUAAGGUGGUCGGAAGAGAGAACGUGGUGUUAAGCAUUGAGACGGACAUGACAAAGGAGGAAGACUUGUUCAAAGCAGUGAAUCAAGAAAAGCUGGUUCUCAACUCAUCAGGUCUAAGGCUUGUACAUUUCACCAGCAGUACUGAUAUCUCUAGUAGUCCGGGUCACUACGUGAUUUAUUGGGAAGUUAAGGCUGAAAACAAAGACAUCAAGGGCCUCGAGUUCAGCGAGAAGACAUUCUUGGAGUGUUGUUUGGCAAUGGAGGAUUCACUUGACGAGGGAUACAAGUACGGUCGAGUCCAUGGAACUAUUGGGCCUCUCGAGAUAAGAGUAUCAAUACAAGACUCCCACAUGCAUAAGAUCUGA